AAUUUGUAAAAAAAGAAGAUGGCGCUUUACAUCGAGAGAAUUUCGUUGACAUAUGAACAUGUGAAUUUCCGACCAGUUGACAACUUCUGAUGAAAUCUUUUAUUAAAUUGCAAAGGCAAGCUAAUAUGAAGUGUGGAUAAAAGAGGACAGAAGAAAGCUGUAUAUCGCAUGAGUAAACGUCACGUAAAUAAAUAAGUGUGAUUUCCAAGCAACAAGUGAUAUUGACAGCAGAAUUCAGAUUUGAUAAUGUAAUAACUUUCACUAUUGAUUAUGUAUUAAAAAUUGAGCUGUGCAACUUCCUGUUUACACGAAGAAACUGCAGAAUUAGUUUGCUCACAUGGAAAGCUUGAGAAAUGGAAUCGGAAAAUCGCAAAACAAUUAAAAGCCAGUUAACCAGAUUUAAAAAAUGGAUUUUAUUCAUAUUUAUAGUAGUAAUUUUUAUAGUGUUUAUAACUUGGGAAAAUGACAAGUUUAAAGGAGAGUUUGCAACUGAUAUUGAUCUGAAAGAAAUAUUUUCUAAAUUGGAUAUCGAUAAUGAUAGAUGUCUGAGUUUUACGGAAUUUUUAAACAUUAUCAAAUAUGAUUUAACACCACUUAAAAUAUAUUCACAGAGUACGAGUUCUAAUUACAUUAUUCAAGAGGCUCCAGAAAUUGUUAUUAAUCCUGAAGAUGAAGUAAUCACGAUUGAAUCGAAAUUUCAACCAUUAAGUAUUGAGUCCUUGUCUAAAGAAAUAACACCGGAUAUAUUGCGGAAUCAAAACAAUGCAUUUAAAGGCCUCUUUGAUUGGAAGAAAUCUGCAGUUAAAUGGAAAAACUUUGCUACAAAACAUUUUUCUGCAUUUUUACCGCCUUCAAAUCAAGACUUGAAACUUGGAACUACAUGGUGGGUAAUUUCUCCAUCUUUGAAUGAAAGAGUAGCUCAGCUUUCUAGUAUGAGAUAUUACCCACCUAAAGUUGCUAGUCAGUAUUAUUUUAUUCAUGCUCUAUUGAGUAUGUUACAUGUACGUCCAUUUCUACAUUCACGAUUUGCUCCUCAAGGGACACUUGCUAUUAUCAAGGGUAUAUCAACAGAUUUUGUAGAUAUAAUAUUUAGAUUGCAUGCUGAAUUUCAAUUAAAUAGUCCUCCACAUUUUCCAUUUUGGUUCACGCCAUCACAAUUUAAAGGACGUAUUAUAAUAAAUAGAAAUAGCUCAUCUGUUUUUUAUUUUAAUAUGGAAGUUCCUUCUGACAGAAAAUUGAAUGUUGAUAUGGAAUGGUUAAAUGGGCCACAAGAAAUUGAUGGAAUGGAAGUUGAUAUAGGUUUUAUUCCACAACUUCAAUUAAUGUCAACUGGUCCAUCUAUUAAAUUAAAUAGUGAAAGAGCUAAUGAAACAUUUAUUCAUAGUCCAUCAAAUUAUGAAAAAUUAUUUUCAUCUUUAAAAUGGUUGGAAGAACUAGAUAUGGAGGAAUCAUUAAGAAUAUUAGAACAAACCAUGUAUCCUUUUAAGCAGAUUACAUAUUAUAAUUUUACAGAAGCUUAUAAUAAAGCAAAAAUUGAAAAUAAAUUAAUUCAUGCAAUAUUACUCUGGGGUGCUCUUGAUGAUCAGUCUUGCUGAGGAUCUGGGCGGACUUUGAGAGAAAAUGUUCUUUCAAGUCCGCCCGUAAUGAAAUUACUUAAACAUCAUUUUAUAAGUACUUGGAGUCUUACAAUAGAUUUAGAGAUAAUAGCUAAAAGUAUUCCAAAGACAGAAAUUGUUGAAUUUGCUCAAAAUUGUCUUGACAAGUAUAAUUUUCCUGUUGAGUCAUUAAUAAUAUUGCCAAAUGGAACUGUUGUUCAUCAUAUCAAUGCUAAUAUACUUUUAGAUAAUGAAAAUGAUAACUCUUUUUCAUUAUUUGAAGGUUUUACAGAUCCUGUGGGCCGAAAAUAUUCAUCAUUCUUGAAGGAAGGAAUAUCAAAAGCACAGAAGUUUUUAAGUUUGAAAGAUGAACUGUAAAUUUUGAAGAUUGAAAUAUUUUAUUUGAAUGAUGGUGAUAAAUAUCAAAUAUUGUAUAAUUUAUUUAUAUAAGGUUAAUAAAAUUAACUUUACAUUAACAGUUAAUGAAAUUAACUGUUGAUGUUAAUUAGUUAAUAAUUAAAUUUUAAUAAUUUGUAUUAAAAAUUAUAUUUAAUUGAACUAUUCCAAAUCUUAUAUUUAUUAUUUGACUUGAAACUGUUAAAUGAUGGUUAAUUAUUUCAUGAUAUAUCAUAAAAUUUUUUGAAAGAAUUAAAGUAACUAAACAAAGUUCAUAUUUUAUUCAAAGUAAAAAAUAAGACUGACAUAUUGUUGGGAUUGUUUGAAAUGUAAAAAUAAGUAAAAUAUAAGUAAAAGUUAUCUAGUAAAUUUUAUAAAUUAUAAAAU